AUGUGGGGACCACGUUCCACUGUCGUAAUACAAGUAUUUCUAUUAAUUAUACCAACAAUUCUAUCAGAAGCUGACCCAUAUUCCAACGAAAAGUAUAGACCACUUGGUCCACUAGUGAAAUGUAACUUUUUACCGCUAGAAUUCUUGGAAUGUGAUGAACCAAUCGACCACAAAGGGAAUCAUACUGCGAGGGAAACUGUUGGUUACGGCUGUGUGAAGUUUGGUGGAGUUAGAUAUGACCAGGUUGAGAAAACCAAAGUACAAUGCAAAGCUUUGGAUGGGAUCGAGUGUCAUGGAAGCAGAAGUUUUCUAAGAGAUGGAUUCCCUUGUGUCCGGUACUCGGGGCACUAUUUUACCACUACGUUAAUCUAUAGUAUACUUUUAGGGUUUUUAGGUAUGGACAGAUUUUGCCUUGGGCAGACUGGGACUGCUGUAGGCAAACUCCUCACAUUAGGAGGGCUAGGAAUCUGGUGGAUAGUUGAUGUAGUGCUACUCAUUACAAAUAGUCUGCAUCCUGAAGAUGGAAGUAACUGGAAUCCUUAUGUUUAA